AUGUCUCUCUCCAACAAGCUUGCCAUCACCGACGUCGACCUCAAGGACAAGAGGGUUCUGAUCCGAGUCGACUUCAACGUCCCUCUCGAUGCCGACAAGAAGAUCACCAACAACCAGCGUAUUGUCGGUGCUCUGCCCACGAUCAAGUAUGCCAUCGACCAUGGCGCCAAGGCUGUCAUCCUCAUGUCCCACCUGGGCCGCCCCGAUGGCAAGAAGAACCCUAAGUACAGCUUGAAGCCCGUUGUCCCUGAGCUGGAGAAGCUCCUCGGCCGCAACGUUAUCUUCACCGAAGACUGCGUUGGCAAGGAAGUCGAGGAGACUGUCAACAAGGCCUCUGGCGGCCAGGUCAUCCUUCUGGAGAACCUGCGUUUCCACCCCGAGGAGGAGGGUAGCUACAAGGACGAGGAGGGCAAGAAGGUCAAGGCCGACAAGGAGAAGGUCGCUGAGUUCCGCAAGGGACUCACUGCUCUUGGAGACAUCUACAUCAACGAUGCUUUCGGUACCGCUCACCGUGCCCACAGCUCCAUGGUCGGUGUCGAGCUGCCCCAGAAGGCUUCCGGUUUCCUGGUCAAGAAGGAGCUUGACUACUUCGCUAAGGCUCUGGAGAGCCCCCAGCGACCAUUCCUUGCCAUUCUGGGUGGUGCCAAGGUCUCUGACAAGAUUCAGCUGAUUGACAACCUCCUUCCCAAGGUCAACAGCCUCAUCAUCACUGGUGCUAUGGCCUUCACUUUCAAGAAGACCCUCGAGAACGUCAAGAUCGGUAACAGUCUGUUCGACGAGGCUGGUAGCAAGAUCGUCGGCGAGGUCAUUGAGAAGGCCAAGAAGAACAACGUCGAGGUUGUCCUUCCCGUCGACUAUGUUACCGCCGACAAGUUCGCCGCUGACGCGAAGACUGGCUAUGCUACCGAUGCUGAAGGCAUUCCCGACGGUUACAUGGGUCUGGAUGUUGGUGAGAAGAGUGUUGAGCUGUACAAGAAGACCAUCGCUGAGGCCAAGACCAUCCUCUGGAACGGUCCUCCUGGCGUCUUCGAGUUGGAGCCUUUCUCUAAGGGUACCAAGAACACUCUCGACGCCGUUGUCGAUGCUGCCCAGAAGGGUACCAUCGUCAUCAUCGGUGGUGGUGACACCGCUACUGUCGCUGCCAAGUACGGUGUUGAGGACAAGUUGAGCCACGUCUCCACCGGUGGUGGUGCCUCUCUGGAGCUCCUCGAGGGCAAGGAUCUGCCUGGUGUCGCUGCUCUGUCAAGUAAGUAA